AUGAUAAUCCGGUUACAAAUUUAUUCAUCAUAUUUAUUUCUAGUUAUUCAAUAUUUUAGUUUUGUUUCAAGUUUACCAUGUUCCUAUCAGGUAAGCUUAACUUUUUCCAAAAAUUAAUUCAAAAAUUCUAAAUUUUCCAGAGUCCACGAGUUGAAGAUAUACUUCUCGAGGUUCCCGUCGAACACAAUGAAAAUAAUCGUUUUCGAAGAAACGCUCAACCUUUUUCCAAGUUCGCUCCAUUGAGAAUACAUUUGCAUUAUGAUGAAAGUGUGAGAAAAUUAGGGCAAGAAAAGCAGAAUUUUGUGAAUGUAAGAGUUUCCUGAAUUUUUUUCUGAAAUUCAUCUUUAAUAUUUUAGAGUAGCCUUUUGCCAGAUGCAGCUGGUUAUUGGGAGAAGGUAUUGAGAGUUCGACCGAUGUUAACACCUAUUCGAUUGAGAAGGUUUGACCAAAGAUCAACUUUUGAAAAAAACUUUUCUUUAGAAAAUGUGCGUCUUCAUCUUAUUAUUUCAAGCAAGGAAUGAAAAACGUGGCUUGCGACAAAUCGUGUAGAGAAAAAACGACAUGCGGAGAAGCAGUGUUGCCCAGCGAACAUUUGUUGGUAAGUGAACAAGCGUUUCUCAACACCGUCGAUAGCUCAGUUGGUAGAGCGGAGGACUGUAGAGUCAGUGGGUAUCCUUAGGUCGCUGGUUCGAAUCCGGCUCGACGGAAUGUUUUUUAUUUUUUUCUUCUCAAUUUUUAUGAAAUUCUAAAAUUUCAGGAUUGCUUAUCUUGCACAAAUUCUGACGAUUGUAAAUCGGAUGGCGAAAUUGGCGAAGGUGUUCAAGAUUCAGAUUUUGUUCUAUAUGUUACCGCCAUAAAAACCAAACGAUGCGAUGGUCCUGAAACAUUAGCAUAUGCUGCACAUUGUCAACAAGAAGCAGAUUUUGAUAGACCGAUCGCUGGACAUGUUAAUCUGUGCCCAUAUGCAUUAUCAACUCAUCGACACGAUCAAGAAAUUCUUGUGAGCACAGUGAAACACGAAAUUUUACACGCGCUUGGUUUUUCGGUUGGACUUUAUGCGUUUUUCCGAGAUGAGGCUGGAAAUCCGAGGACAAAACGGUUAGUUGAACAAAUUUUCAAAUACCCCCAAUUUUCUGUAGAAAAUUAAAAUCUGGAAUUAAAAAAAUCAAAAAAUUUCGCUCCCGGGUGGGCUCGAACCACCAACCUUUCGGUUAACAGCCGAACGCGCUGCCUAUUGCGCCACGGAAGCACGUUUGUCACCGAGAGAAAAUGACCAGAUCUGGUCGACAUGCUUGGGCAACGAGAGAAAAAAGAGCGAUUGUGUGUGAGAAAAAAAGGAACAAAGUGCAGAAAAAACCAAAACAAGCACUUUUUGAAUGAGAAAAAAAGUGUAUCAAAUCUACAGUAAUCCUAGAAAAUUUUUAGGAAUCGAUAUGGUAAACCAGUUGUUUUGAAUAGAGAAAAAGGAUAUUAUGAUUGGGAUAAAAAUACAAUUGAUACAAUUUUACGAGAAAAUUGGUGGACUGGAGAGGGAAAGGUAACAAAAAUUUAUUUGAAAAUUUUUUUCCAAAAAAAUAUUUGCAGGUAACUCAUCCAAUUCAUAUGAUGGUCACUCCAAAAGUCCGUGAAGAAGCUCGAAAACAUUUCGGCUGUCAGAAUCUCGAAGGAGCUGAAUUGGAAAAUCAAGGAGGCGAUGGCACAAUUCUAACACAUUGGGAAAAACGGGUAUUUGAGAAUGAGGCGAUGACUGGAACACAUACACAGAAUCCAGUUUAUUCGAGAAUCACUUUAGCUUUGCUGGAAGAUUCAGGAUGGUAUAAACCGAAUUAUGAGAUUGCUGAGGAUUUGCAUUGGGGAAAGAAUUUGGGAUGCGAUUUUUCGAUGAAAAGUUGUGGCGAAUGGAUUUAUCAGAAACGAUUGGAAAAUCGAGAUCCGUAUCCGUUUUGUAGUGAUAUUAAACAUGAUGGACAUAAAUCAUUGGCUAUUACACGGUGAGUUGGAAAUUUUGGAACAAGGUGGUGUAUUUCUGGAAUAUUCAUUUUAAGAUUUUGCUCAGAAUUUAAAUUUUGUUGAUUUUGAGAAAAUUUUGUGUAAAAACAACAGAAAAAGAGUUUUCCAUAUAUUUUCAGAAUUUCCACGAUUUUUAUCUCAAAAUUUCAGUCUAAAACAUAUUUUCUACAGUAACCCGGUUGAUCCAAUUUUUCCGAACUUUUUGUACAAUUUUUCUACAGUACCUUUUGAAAUUUUUCUAUACUGAUAACUGUGGAAAUACUAAUUUCCAGAAUUUUCAGCACCAAAUUUGGGUACUGUAGAAAACUGUGCCAAAAAGUUCCGAACCUAGGCUGAAAUUUUGCGCUUUUUUUUAUCAUGGAACUAUCAAUUUUCAGCAUUUCCACGAUUUUCAGCACAAAAUUUCAGUCUAAAAACAUAGUUUCUACAGUAACCCGGUUGAUCCAAUUUUCAGAACUUUUGGCACAAUUUUCCUACAGUAACCCUAGGCUUGUGGGGUAUCAAAAUGUUCCAAAAGUUCCUGAAUCAACCUUCCUAAUCUUCAAUUUCCAGGUGUACAUCUCAACGUGACUCUCUUGCUCUUUGCAAUCUUGUCCCAUUCCAAAAACCGCUACCAAAAGAAUUUCGCAACUUCGAUUCUCUUCCCGGUGUUCAUCCACAAGGCACAAAACAUUAUGGAGGAUCUGUUGAAUUGGCCGAUUUCUGUCCAUAUUCUCAAGAAUUUGAAUGGAAAAUGAAUAAUUCGACAGAACGAAGAGAUUCGAGAUGUGAACUUGAGGGAAAUAACAAAAAAGGGGAGGAUAUUCUAGAAGUUUAUGGUGAAUCUUCGAAAUGUUUCGAUUUUCCACAUCCUUGGAUUGAGAGAAAAUGUGGAAGGAAAAGAGCAUUGACACAUUAUAUGGCUGGAUGUUAUGAAUAUAAUUGUCAAAAUGGUACACUUUAUAUUGGAUUUUUCAAUUCGACUGAAAUGUAUCCUUGUUUCGCGCCAAAUCAGAAAGUUCAUGUCAAAAGAUUAGUUGAUGGAUGGCUAAGAGAAGGAAGUAUUUUAUGUCCAGAAUGUUCAGAUUUUUGUUCAAAUUGUUCGCCUCCAAUUGUAGUUCCAGAUUAUAUUGGUGAUCCAGAUCUCGAUGAACCUUGUUCUUCUAUUCAUCUCAUUUAUUCAUUGACGUUUGUUUUUGCUUUCACUUAUUUAUUUUCAUAUUUUUGAGCUACGGGAAUAUUUUUAAACAGUCUUUGCCAGAUAAUUUAUUCUAGUUUUAUUGUUCGAUUUUUGUUGUGUUCAAUUAAUACCGGUGUCACAAUUCAAUAAAUGUUUCGCAUUUUUUUUGAAGAUCUAGAUCUGAAUAGAAAACUGUACAUUUUUUUGCAACAAAUGAAAUUGGAAAAAAACUGUUCCAGAAAAUGUUUCCUCUAAAAUUUUCAAAAAAAAUUUGAACCUUUCCACGUCAUAACUCUUAUGAAAAAGUCGCUUUUUCAUAAUGCAAAUCUAACUGCUCUCAGUUUUUUAUACAAAUUUUAGAAAAUUUCCCAAAAGCAAUGUUUUGAGACCGUUUUGAGGCCACCGGUUGGAAUACGUUUCACCAAAAAUGCUUUGCUAUUCAUGUGCUGGGAAUAGUUUGAUUCUUUUUUGUUAGGCACUUUAAAAAUUGUCGAUUUUCUGAUAAGACUCUAGGUUGUCUCAAUUUUCAGCUUAUCCUAGACCUAAGUUUUGGGUGGGAAACUUUUUUUGAAUCCAAAAUCAUAUUUUGAAUUUCUCUGGAAGGUUCUGUCCAUUUUUCUCUGCGUCUCUCUCUGCAAAAUGCCUAGAGCAAACUAGACAUUUUCACAUUCAAAUUUUCUGUUUACAACUCUCAAAAUUUUCUAGUUAACAUGAAAAUGAACCCAACUAAUUCUUGAUAAAAAAUGUGUCGAAAGUAAACAACACACCAGUUUUCUUUCUUCCAUAUUUGCUUUUUCCCAAAAAAAGUAUUUGUAGAUCACAUGUUUCAGAACUUGACUCAUUAAAAAUCCAGUAAUUUCUCUUAUGAUCUGCGUAGGUGUUCUGAAUAUUUUGUGCUUUGUUGUCUCUGAGUGAUCGGUCACUUCUUAUCAAUUUUCCGUUUAAGAAUACCUCCUAAGCUCCUCAGAAUUUCUGUCAUUUCAUUUGUAAUGUUUUUUUUCUCGUGGAAUAUUUAUAUUUUCUAGAUAUUUUCUAGAUAUUAUAAUAAUAAAGUGAUUUCCGGAAUUUUCUUUCCAUCUGGUCACUUUCUUUUUCAAAUAACCCCAUUCCAAUAUUUCUUUUUUUUACACCGGAUAUUGGAUUUGUUUUUGUUUUUUUUAUUUAUUUCAGUGAUUGUCUUCUUUCUCUUCUUAUCAUCAUAAAACUCCAGCCUUAUUUUUUUCCUAUAAAAUCAUAAUUUUCAAUGAGUUUUCAAAAAUAUUUUGUUUAUUUUAUUUUUCACUGUUUGUGCAUCUUGUUAUCUUUUUUCGAGAAGGUCAAUUUUCUAUUUAUUUUUGUACAUAUAUUUUCCAAGUUUCUAGAGAAAACCAUUCUAGGCCAUUCACCCCAAAAAUUAACCGGUUAAUUUUUAUUGAUACAUUUUUUAUUCUUCCCAAUCUUAUCAUACACAUUACCUUUUCGCACUCCUCAACUCAUAGUGUCUCUCUAAACUUAUUUAUUUUUUGAUAAGACAUCCGGGCCUCUCCGGAAAUGGCCCCAUUCCUCAACAAAUUUUAAGAAGAAUUUUGCGAAUUUCAGCUGUCGUCGAAACACCACAAAACUAUAGCAUGGCUUCGGAAAGCCCGCCAAAAGUUCCACCAAGAACACAUCCGAUACAUUUGCAAAAUCGAUUGAAACGCAUCGAAAUUCUCACUGAUACCGUAGGUGUUUUAUUUAUCGAUUGUUUUUUUUUUUCAAAAAUUUGAAAUAAAAUUUUCUAGACACCAAUCGAUAAUGAUUCAAUUUCAUGUCGAAGUCGUCGAGCAUCUUCGGUUGGAUUUGUUGAUGUUGGAGAAUUAUUGAACAAAUAUCAAGUAAGUUUGACUUUGCCCUCAAUAUUUUGGCUGCUUAUCAGUUUUCCCACCGGAAACCAUUUAAUGCUUUGCCUUUUGGAACUUUUUUUGAUGAGAGAAAACUAGAAACUAUAAUUAUUUUUGGAACUUUUUUGGGGAGGAAUAAGGGAAAGCUCAUUUUGAACUCAAAUUAUAUUUUGGAAAUUUAAAAAAUGUUUUUUUCGAACUCUCGGAAUAAAUUUUCAGCAAAUUCCAGACUUUGGGUCUAGAAACCCUUUAAAAAAACUGUAGAAAAUUGUGCCAAAAAAUUCCAAACCUUUUUCUAAAUCAUGGAACUAUCAAUUUCUCAGAUAUCUUCAGCACAAAAUUUAAGAAAACAUAUUUUCUACAGUAACCCGGUUGAUCCAAUUUUUCAGAAGUUUUGGAUUUUUUCUCCAUUUUUUUUUAUUUCUCUUGAUUUAACUCUAAAAGGCCCUGUGAUAUUGUUUAGCAACUUCCGACAAAAAAGUUUUAACUUUCAAAUUAUUUCAGGAAACAUAUCCAUCCCAAUCCGAUUCAAACCAACAUCGAUUCCUGCAAUCAUUUCGCAACAUUUUCUCCCAAAAUCAAUCAACACCUUCAUCUUCCUCUUCUCCUUCUCAUCCCGUCGAAAGCCAUAUUAAUCCAAUGUUUUGCUCAUUUAAAAAUUCGGAUUCGAUCUCUCGAAGUUUGACACAUCUUCCAUUUCCACCAAAGAAGCGGAAAAGUCAUUUUCGUCGUGUAUUUUCGUGUUUUUCAAUUUUCAAGUAG